AUGGCUGAUGUCACUUGGGCUACUGACCAAGAGGAAGACCAGAUGUACAGGGCUGCCCUAGAGUUCGGUGAUGAAGGCCAGGCCACUCUGGAGGCCAGUUCUCACUCCAUGGAGGCCUCAGCCUUAUGCGACUUUAAUGGGACAAGGGAAGAUGAACUGAGUUUUAAGGUUGGACAGCAACUGAAGAUUAUGACUGAGAGUUCUGACCUGAACUGGUACAAAGCAGAGCUGAACGGGAGGGAAGGCUUUAUUCCCAGGAACUAUGUCACAGUCAAACCACACAAGUGGUUUUAUGGGAAGAUUCGUCGAGCCGAAGCUGAAGAACUACUGAGUAAACAGAGAGUGAAUGGCGCCUUUCUCAUCCGAGAGAGUGAAAGCACUGCGGGCGAUUUCACCCUUUCCGUCAAGACUGGCAAUGAUGUCCAGCACUUCAAGGUCCUUCGCGACGGCUCGGGGAAGUAUUUCUUGUGGGUGGUUAAGUUCAACUCACUAAACCAGCUUGUGGAGUAUCACUACACCAGCUCAGUGUCCCGCAGCCAAACAAUCAUGCUUCGCGACAUGGAGGAGAUCCAGCCACAGCAGAACACAUAACUCUCAUGCCAGCUGGUGGAAAGGAACACGCAAUGGGCAGACCAGCACUUUCCCCUGCAAUUAUGUGAACCUAAUCAAAUAUCAAAAGUAACCUUACCUGACAAAGACAGUUGUCUUUAAUAUUGACAAUGUUCAACUUCACUGAAGAAGCAGAGUGCCAUUGCUUAUUCUGUUUCAAAGAGAAGAAGAAUAAAAGAAGA